GAAAGGCACGAGCUCGAUUGAUACAGCUCUUUCUGCAGCCUCUGGCUGGGCGCCUCCAUUCUGCAGCGGCUGGGCGCUAUGGAACAGAAGAUGCACGCCCUCGAAGCCGCAAACGCGGAGCUGCAGACACGGCUCGCGAGGAAAGAACAGAGUUCCCUUGAUCAUGACGCCGAAGGGCUGCAUUCCCAUUCGGGGGACCAAGAAGAACAAGAAGAAGUAUCGGUAGCGCAAAAGAUCCACGCGCUGGAAGCUGCGAACGCGGAACUGAAGGAACGAGUCGUGGAACACGACACUCGGUUCGUGCAGCUUCUUGGCCGCAUCCGGUUUUGCGGUGCGGUGACCUGGAUUCUGAUCGAGUUCGCGUUGAUCCUGCUGUUGGGCGACACCCGGAAAGCGGCCAUGUUCGCCUUUCAGCUUUUGUUCGUGGGCUUUGUCUUCGUGCUGUUGGGUACCAUCCUCCCCUGGCGGCAGGUGAUGUGCCCGAAAAAGGUAAAGCGGCACUACCGAAAGAGCCGGCACAACUCCGAGGUGCUAUUGCCGGUUUUGGAGGAUGAACAACUGGUCGUUGAAGGGGCAAUAUCUUCCAAUGCUGCGGAUAUUACGACGGGAUCGGGAGGAGACCACGGAGCCCGCGGAGAACACCUGCGAGCGAGCUGGAUGGACUACGACUACGAGGGAACAUCAACUAUUGCUACCAGAGUUAGUACUAGCGCCGAGGCUGCUACGAAUAUUAAAACAAGUCUCGAAGUAGAAAAGAAUGGACUUGCAUCUUCAACCGCCGCUCCUUCUCUGCCAGAUGAUACAACAGGAGCUGAUAUUAUUAACGAGGGUGAAGAACGAACACGAAGCGACGACAACGAGUUUGAGCUGGUAGAGGAGAUCGAGGAGGUUCUGCCUUACGACUUCGAAAUCCGGGGUACGCUCUCUUGCGUGACGUGUGACCAAGGCAGCGCGGCGGGGAAAAUUUGGACCCUGGCGCUGGUUCUGUACAUGAUCAGCACCUUACUCUCCGCCUACACGUUCGAGGUCUACGAGUCCUGGUGUCCGUGGCGGAGCACGCCGCGCAGCGAAAAGUUACCGGACACCCUUCUGGGCGACCCGGGAAUGCCCAAGCUCGCGCUCGCGAAUGAACUGAUUGCGCGGGGGUUUUGGCUGGUGGUUCCAAGCUUUUGCUUCGUGGUAUGGCGUGCUCAAGCGUUACAUUCUCAACUGUUACAAAAUGCAAGAACGGCAAAAGUGAAAGGGCGAAGUUUGCGCCUUUUGCAUUACAAGUUCCGCACAGAUUUAGGUGCUGUUUAGCCCUUCGCAGAUUCAUUUGUCAUGCGAAGCAGCUUGACCAUCUGGCGGCUUAAGGUAGUUUUGCAUGACAAAUCCAUGUAACAGUUGAGAAUGUAACGUUUGAGAAUCCCAUACGUGGUGACAGCCGUGAUCGAGACCGGCGGGUACCUCUAUCAAAUGCAAAUAUGUCUGGGUCUGGAAGAUUGCAAGACUUGUGAUGCAGAUUCACGAUGACCCAUGUGGUCUGGCAUGCAGGGCCUGGCAUGACAGAUUCUGUGAGACGUCUAGCAUGCCUAUCCUGCAUGAGAAACUGCCUCUGAACUGAUCCAAAAGUGGACAUAUUUUGGUGUUCAUGCAACACAAACUUUUGGCGCGAUCCAGAUUUAGCACGACAAGUUGCAUCAACCUUCCAGACCCAGACAUAUUUGCAAAAAUGCAUAACCUCUUAACCUUGUCCAACCCCGCGUUAAAGGCGUACUUCCCCUUCGAAAAGAAACGCCCGAAGCUGUCGCACUUUAAGGCGACGAUUGCCAAGUACUUUUCGACGAUCCACGGCAUCGCAGCGCCGCUCGGCAUGCUUCUUCUUGUCGUAUUCGAAUCGGUGCAGCUGUUUUGGGGUGAAAAUGUACCCGUUUCCUACUUGACAGCGAUUUUCGACCCGGUAGAUGCGCUAUCGAAUGCAAAUAUGUCUGGGUCUGGAGGAGUCAUGCCGCUUUUGCAUGACACAGAAGGUCUGGUAUGGAGGCUCUAGCAUCACAGAUUUCAUCGAGAAGCUUGAGCAAUGCCGAUUCUGCAUGACAAAUGCCCCACUUUGGUGACAGAAAGUGGGCAGCUUUCGCUGUCUAUGCAUGAGAGAUUUUUAUGCGUUGUGAAAUGCGCAAGCGCAUCACAAGUUUGCAUUCUUCCAGACCCAGACAUAUUUGCAAUGCAUACGCGAUCGGCGUGACCGAUUCCAAGCCCUUGUUCGAGGCGAAGCUGUGUGCAUUGCAAAUAUGUCUGGGUCUGGAAAGUUGUAAUGCCAAAAGUGAAUGGUAUGCGCACUGCAAUACUCAAGCAAGCAUGACAAAUUUUUCGGGCUGCUAUGUGAUUCGUUUUGCGCAUGGCAGACUGCGUUUUUGCAUGGCAGGCAAAGCCUCUUUUCCUGCCCUCGCAUCACAGAAUUCAGAGUCAUGCGAGAGAAGCAUGACAGACUUGCACUCUUCCAGAGGACCCAGACAUGUUUGCAUCUCAUAAAAGAUGGCAAAUUGGGUGUCUUGACUACGCCACGUCGCCCCGGCCCUGGAAUCGAAUCGUUUGGCUGCGACUCGUGUUUCUCUGCGGCAUAUGAGAGUUGUGCACAACUUCGCUCUCCCACUUUCGUAUGGCAUGAACAGCAAUACAACCAACAGCAGACACACCAGGGGCUUCCGCAUGACAAAUCUGCGCACGGAUUGUAGUACGGUCGUGUGAGGUUCUGGUUCUAAAAUUUGCUAUGCAAGUAGUGCCUACGAGGAAGGCUUGAGUUUGUUCCCUUGCAUUAUACAAAUGAGGGGGAGGGGGAGUUGUGCACUCUCAUAUGGCAGCUGGGUUUUUGGGCUCCUGUUUGUCGCCCUGAAGAUACCCCUUACUGCAAUGAAAAAUGCCCCCUCGUCCCCUUCAUUUGCAAAAGUUUGUCAUGCAAAGUUUUCAAAUGAAAGGCUUUUGUCUUGCAUGUUGAAAGGAUUGCGAGCCACCUUUCUGAUGCAGAAUCUAGGUGCGCAAGGUGUCUUUUGCAUAACAGAUCCGGCUGCUGUUGGGCUCCUUUGCAACACAAAUCUGAGCUCUUCAGCAUGGAAAAUUUGCGAUGAAAAUGCAAGAGCAAGACGGGGAGUGUUUCGUCCAUUGGGAACCGAAGGUUUGCAAUUAUACAAACGCUGCCAAGUUCAUCUGGGGUGGGGGCAUUUUUCACUGCAAUACCCCUCAACAAGGCUUUCCACCCUAGGGACGAAGAAGAAGAUUCUGCGAGGACGACUGGUAGCGCGCACUUCUUCUUCUUUCCCGAAAUAAAGGACGAGGACCAGGACAAGAAAGACGCAGUAGUUGCUGCUUGUGUUCCUCGUUCCCCCGUUCUCCCCCUGGACACGAACGCCUUCUACAAGUUUUUGUUCGACACAAAGAAGAAACGCGUCACCUACGCUCGAGCCUCUUUCACAAUGGAGGUGCUGGGGGCCUACUGCAUUUUUUUCCUCCCUGUAUCAACUGCAAAAGUAUUGUACUCGUAUAAAUGCAUUACAAAUCAUGAGAAAUAAAAUUUGUAAUGCCGCUUUACCUUAAGAAAAACAUUUGUCAUGCAUGAUUGCAAUUACUACAAGUACAUUACUUUUGCAUGUGAUACCCUGUCCUUGCCGCCUACGACCACGCGCUUCGCGGUUUUUUCGGAUGGCUAUUAGAGUGCACAACUCCCCCUCCCCCUCAUUUGUCAUGCAAAACCCCGAAGGCAGUCGCUCUCGCUUCCUUGUGGCACCGUUUGCAUGACAAUUUCCGGAAGCCCAAACAGUAAGUACUACAUUAGGCACACAAACUUGAUGUCAUGCAUAGGCUCUACUUGUGGUCGUGUUUGUAUUACUCGUCAUGCUAUACAAAUAGGGGGGCAGGGGACGAGUUGUGCACUCUCAUAGUGGCGGGCGAAUUCGAACGCGGAUGACGUCCUGCGCUUCGACACGCAGUAUGAAAUGCAAAUAUGUCUGGGUCUGGAAGAAUGCAAGAUUUGUGAUGCAGGUUUUCCAUGACCCAUGAGGUCUGGAAUGCGAGACCCAGCAUGACAGAUUCUUUGAGGUCUCUAUCAUGCCUUUCCUGCAUGAGAGACUCCCUCUCAACUUGGGCAAAAGCGGACAGCUUUUGGUACUCACGCAACACAGAUUUAUGCAUCAUUCAGAUUUAACAUGACAAAUUCUAAUCUUCCAGACCCAGACAUUUUUGCAUUUGAUACGCAGCCGCACGUAUGGGUCGACAGCGUUCUGAAAAAUAACGCAUUCAGGCGGGUUGUGGACAUCGUUCCGGACGAAAGUACUUGGUAUGUGAUGGGGAACACCUCCGAGGAUCGAAAAAAAAUGGUGCACUUAUGACGUUCUCAAACGUUACAUUCUCAGCUGUUACAUGGAAUUUGUCAUGCAGAAUCACUAUCACGCUUCUCACGCUCAAGCUUCUUCGCAUGACAAGUUCUCGACAAGGUAAAUAGGAUUACAAUCUGUGCGCCAUCAUUAAUAGUUGGAUGUGCCCGAGUGUGAUGGCGAUGGCUUCGGUCCGCCUGACUCCGCGACCCGGUGGCCUGACCAUCUGCGGAAAGGUGCCCUAUGGGUUGCGUUUGUGGUUUCGGUCGGUUUAGCAUCACAAAUUCAUGUAAUAGUUGAGAAUGUAACGUUUGAGAGCCCCAUAGUGCUUUUCCUAUUGGGACAACGUCGCAUUCAUCACCGGUCACUACAUGACGCACCCGAAAUGGAAUAAACGUCUGGAUGCAGAUAUUCUGUGCAAAAGUAUCGUACUCGUAUUGCAGUCAUGCAUUACAAAUCUUUUCCUUCAGGUAAAUUCGCAUUACAAAUUUUCUUUCUCAUGCUGAGGAAAUUUGUAAUGCAUUUAUACGAGUACGAUACUUUUGCAAUUAAUAGCAGAUCUCGCCUUCUUCAACCCGGAAAGCCGCCACGCGCUUGAGCUCGGGCAGCACCCAUCCGUGCUUACGCUGUGUAGAAGAAUUGUCCUCUGGCUCUGUCUGCUCCACACGUGGUCCUGGCGAUUGAUAAUCCAGCGCGCCUGUAUUGAGGAACGUUUUGUUCGAGUUGUAUGGAAAUGGAAUGGAACCUCUCGAUCUGAAUCGAGGUUCAAGUUGAAUCGAACGCCUCUAAGACCUGUAUACUUACUUGUUUAUCCACACACGCGCCGCGCCCAUUCUAGUUAGGGUCCAUUUUCGCUUUUCUUCUUCUCUUCAACCCAACACGACAGGCUAAGCACUUUAAAAAACCUCGCAGUUCGCUCCGGCUAGAGAGACCUACUUAAACUUCUAUUUGGAUUUUACAUUGCAAUAUAAGUACUUACUUGUUUAUCGCAUCUUCGAUUGCAAUUGAAGUUGAACUCUUAAUCAACAAACUACCGACCCGAGGAAGCCGCCAAGUGGGAAAUUCUUUUAUUCACAACUGCAUACUAUUUUUUCGCAACGCAAUAUCCAAGAAAAAAACAUUGUAGGUGUAACUUUUUUGGAGGAACAGCAUUACAAAUUUGUCUGGCAUGACAGCAAAAACCUGUCAUGCGCAGAUAGUAUGUGAAAACGCCCUUUAAUGGACCCUGCGAUACGUGCCAAGCAUGACACACGCAAUCAUCUUGAGUGUUGCGCAUCACAAAUUUACACUAACAACGUUUUUUUCUUGGAUACGCAACGUACGUGCAGACGCUCUACGGGGACCGCCCAGGCCUUCGCAGCAGAGUAUGCAUUGCAAAUAUGUCUGGGUCUGGAAGAAUGCGACCUUGUGAUGCGCAUUUCACAACACAAGCAAAUCUCUCAUGCAGAGGCAGCAAAAGAUGCCCACUACUUCCCGUUACCAAAGUGGGGGAUUUGUCAUGCGGAUUAGGCAAUGCGGAAGCUUCUCGAACUCUGUGAUGCUAGGGCUUCGUCCAUGACAGACAGUCUGUGCCAUGCAAAAACACCAUGACAAAAAUCUGCAUUCUUCCAGACCCAGACAUAUUUCCAUUUCAUACAGAGCUAACGCUCUCAACAUAACCUAUUGGGCCGAGCUGCAUCAAGGUAAAGACUGGCUAGAAAAGAGUUUGUCAACCUGGGACAGCGAACACCUCAAGGCGAGAAAAGCGGCCGCCGCCGAUGCGACGGCCACGGGAAUGAUCGGUGCGGAAGGGACGGCAGAAAGCUAGAAGGGUGGAAAGAUGGUGAAAAACAAGCUUUCUUGCGCGAUCAGAUCUUGGAACUGCUGGAAUUUUCAUACAUUUCGAGUUGAACAACAGUUAGUACUUGCAGUUCACAGAAUCUGAAUCUCCGUGCCGUCCGUUUUCUACUUCCUCAAGCAGAC